UUCAAUUUUCAAAUGGAAAGGGAGCAUCUUCCAAUUUUGGCCAGAGUUAGUUAUGACGGAGGUAAUUUCCGACCAGAUGGAUUGAUUCGCGGCUAAGGACAACAGGUCAGGACUUGCCGACCAAUUGCAUUGAACGCGUCCGCCGCUUGACGUGACUGAGGAUAGCUCGACCUUUUCUCCAUUUCCAUGGUGGGAGCAAGAGAGAUCGAGAUCCCCGGUGGCCACAACCUCACCAUCCACGAGCUCGACAACGUCUACGACUCGCUCACCGGCCGCGCCCUCACCGGCUCAUGGCUCUGGGACUCCGCCCUCGUCCUCUCCCACUGGAUGGCCUCUUCGGCCCACCUCCACUUCCCUCUACGCGGUACGUCCGUCCUCGAGCUCGGAGCCGGCACCGGCCUCCCCAGCCUAACGGCUGCCCUGCUUGGUGCCGCUCGCGUCGUCCUCACCGACGUUGGGCCCAUCCUCCCUGGCCUGGCGAAGAACGUGGAGGCCAAUGGGCUGGGGAACCGAGUCGAAGUGAGGGAGCUCGUGUGGGGAUCUGUGGACGAGGACCUGACUCAGCUCGGCAGGUUUGACCUGGUUCUGAUGAGUGACGUGUUCAUUGACCCAGGGGAGAUGCCGGCUCUAGCGGAGACGCUCGAGACUGUUUGUAGGGAGGGCACGAGGAUAUGGGCAGCAGGUGAGGUGAGGACCGGGACAGGGGAGUGCCUGAGCGAACUGGUGAAUCGAGGCUUCACGGUGGAUGAGGUGCUGAGUCAGCCCAGUGCAGCUCCAUCAACCUCGCAGGGAGACGAUGAUUCAGGGACAUUCGCCGUGUACAAUCUGGUGCUGCCGAGAGCAGACGCACCUCGCAACUCACCUCCAACGAUCAAGAGUAAAACCCUCACGUAGAAGUAGUUCCAGCACUUACAGUGUCGUCUACAAAUUGUAACAUUCAGCUUACACACAUCGUUAUCAAUGUUCCAACUUCUUGCUGCCACCUGAAAUAUACGUAGUAGUUCUACUACUUACCAUCA